CCUGAUUAAAGCACGCGCCGGGCAGUGAUGUGUCGCAGAUUUUUAAAACUCAGAAAGAUAACCCCAAAUAACACUCAACUAUCUAAUACGUGCAUGUGAGGAAGUGAUAAAGACUCCGAGAAUAGAAAAGGGGUGUAGAGUAGGCAAAAAGCUUGUUUUAGCCGCUGCAGUGAGUUUUGGGGAUUUGUGGGGGAUUUUUCUUGGAAAGAACGAGAAACAUUUCGCGUUCCCUGUUUUGAGCGUGCGACCAGCAGCAUAGGAGCGAUGGAACUGUCAUCUAUAGGUGAACAAGUGUUUGCAGUUGAAUCAAUAACCAAGAAGAGAGUCAGAAAGGGUAAUGUGGAAUACUUAUUGAAGUGGCAGGGAUGGCCACCAAAGUACAGCACCUGGGAACCAGAGGACCACAUACUGGACCCACGCCUGGUCCUGGCUUAUGAAGAGAAGGAGGAGAAGGAACGAGCCCUGGCAUACCGCAGGAAAGGACUCAGACCACGGAGACUCGUCUUGCGGUCUUCUCUUCUCCUACAGAAGAUCUAUGCCAUGGACCUCCGUAGUGCACACAAAGUCCCAGAUACUCCUCGUCUGCGCCUCUCUCUUACCCGCUCCAUGGGCUCCGAGCUGGACCAGGGCAGUCUGCCAUACAGGGCGGGGGAGGGAGGGAGCAUCUACCGCCGCCUGGCAAGACGCAAGAACAAGCAGAGGGUGUCCAAACCUGUGUCUGACAACAAUUCCCUCCAACCACUGACCCACAUACAGGACCCCAUGGAGCAUGAAUGGCAAGGCGCAGAGGAGAGACCGGAAUCAGAGUUCACAACAGAGACAUGGCAUAGCCGGUCAGAGUGCAGCUCUCCCAUGAUGGAGCAGGAGGUGGAGGAGUCGACUGACAGAGUGGAGAGCUGUGGUUCCGCACUGGGCUCUGGAGAUGAGACAUUGGGGGGUGGGCCCUUGAGGGGGACAGGGGCAGGGAAAGUGAUUGUGACUGACAGGGCAGAGGGUGGGACCUCUGAAACUGGACAGGAACAAAUGGAUGAGACUGAUGAAUCAGAGAGCUGUGCUUCUGCAGAGGGACCAAAAGACCUUAACAUUGGCAAUAGGUUAGUGGACAGCGCCACAGAAGUGGAAUUGGGGACAGAUACAUUGAUUGACAGGGUAGAAGGGUUAGGCGCAGCUGUUAUUGAGAGGGUAGAAGGGUUGGGGACAGAUUAUUUUAUUGACAGGGUAGAGGAGAUGGGGACACAUAUUCUGAUUGACAGGGAUAGCACUUCAGUGGUGGAUGUUGGAGAUGAGACCAUGGCUGAUGGUUCAGUGGUCUGUACCGAUGUUGAGGUUGCAGAGGAAGUGGUGGAGAAUGACAGAAAACAGCAAGGUGAAGUGGUUGUGACACAGUGUCCAGACAGUAGUGGCACAGAAGUGAAUCCUGGCAAAGUGAUUGUGACCGAUGUGACUGUCAACUCUUUGACCGUAACUUUCAAAGAGGCCUUGGCAGCUGAUGGGUUUUUUAAGGGUUGAAGGACAGAGUUCUGAGAGAGGAUUAGAGAACAUGUAAGGUUAUCCAUGAAAUGCAACCCAUACAGUGGGGAAAAAAAGUAU